GGAGCUUCCCAGGGAAGCCAUGUUGGAGAUUCGUGGGGCUCCGCUCUGGUGGGGACCUUGUUCCCGAUAGAAUGUGACAUUAACGCGCUCUAGCGCCACCUGCCUGCCGGGCUCUAUAGCACAGCCUUCCCGUUCAUUCUUAUUACUGAGCACCGGCGCCACCUACCGACCAAUUGCUAUUGUGCAGCAGUUUUUACACAAGGCUUUCAUAUACAGCGGAAUCCGUAGCGCAACAGAACGCAGCGCACUAGCGCCACCUCACGGCAGCGGAGAUCGGAGCCUUAAUUCGCACAGGUUCUCUCCGCAGCGCCACCUACCGCAGAGCUGCGAAAUACAACAAGACCAACAUACACUAACGCAUAUACUAGCGCCACCUACCGGGAGAUCUCUAUAAUGCUGCUCGCCUGCAGAUUCAUAAGGCAGAGCGUCAGCGCCACCUUUCGGCUGAACUAUAUAGAACAAACACGGAGCAGCAACAGCGCCACCUGUCCGCGGAGCUUUAUAUUGCAACAUACCGAGGUGGUGUCUGAUCCCCUGACCCCAGAGAUCCGUCUGCGCCUCCUCACUCAGCGCUGUGAGUUUUGGCAUCAAAAACCCGAGCUGUGGCCCUACGGGGACCCGUACUGGGCCAUUUACUGGCCAGGGGGACAAGCGCUGGUCAGGUUCCUAUUGGAUAACCCCCAGAUUGUGAGGGGGGGCAGCGUUCUGGAUCUUGGCUGUGGCUGUGGCGCUGCUGCUAUUGCUGCUGGGAUGGGCGGAGCCUCCUAUGUUCUGGCCAAUGACAUCGAUCCUGUUGCCGGCGAAGCCUUUAAACUGAAUUGUGAGCUGAACAGCACGAAACCCUUGGAUUUCCAGGCAGAGAACCUGAUUGGCCAGGAGGUGGCGCCCUGGAGUUUGAUUGUCCUGGGAGACAUGUUUUAUGAUGAAGAUCUGGCAGAUCUGCUCCACGAUUGGCUGGGGAGGUGCGUCGGACGUCACGGUACCAAAGUGCUUAUUGGGGACCCGGGCAGAACCCAGUUUGCCAGUCACCCUGUCCGGCGGCACCUGCGCCAACUCGCCCAAUAUUCCCUGUCGGAAUCCACCAAGCGAGAAAAUUAUGGACUCACCAGUAGCGGCGUCUGGAGCUACGAGCCUUGAUUGGAUGGGAGAACUGGGCAUUAUGGGUAUGAAAGGAACGGCUUCUGUACAGCAUGGGUUUCCCCUGUGAGAAAAUGUAGCAUUAAAGGGUUAAAUUCACUCACCAUGAAAAA